AUAGAUGGCUUGUGCAUUUUGGUUAGUUGUGUUUGACAUUUGCAUAUCUCUUACAUUCACAUUUCACUAUUGUGGUCCUCUCUUGUUUGCCUUAUUUCUAAAUUAAUGCAUGCAAGUAGUUUGUGUUCUCUUAAUUAGGAUACAAACAGUGUUGAUGACGACAGUGAUGAAGUCACUAGGCUCACUAAGACAGGCGAAUAUCUGCACACCAAAGAAGUCACAGAAGUCAAUGGCAGCUGUAUUGAAACAGAAGAGAUGACAAAUGAAGCAAAUGAUGAUGAUGAAGAUGCAAUAUGGCACCAGGGGUUUAAUGUCAACCAGCACAGACAGACUGAUAUCGGUGAAAUACGAUUUCAACUGGAAUCAGUCAAAUCUAACCUUGAUGACAUGGAGAACAUAGAAAAGAGCCUCAUACAAGAACUAGUUAGAAUAGCCACAACAGACACUCACUGCCUAUCAACAAAUGUAUGAAAUCUUUACAGACAAAGGAGUCUGUAGCUUCAAAGUUGCAUAAACUUGAUAGCAAACAGGAUAGGAUAGGCCAAGUGCCACGUCAUGAUGUACAACAGCACAAUGGUAACUUGACUUAAUUGCAGUAAAUUGUGUUAUUUAGUCCAUGCAGUGAAUCUUGUUUCAGAAAGUCAUGUCAAUCCCGUAGCCGAACCUCCAAUGCCCACAUCUCCAUUGUACUGUUAUUCGUUUCGUUGGUUGACACUCUCAUUCGUUGACUCCUUUGUUUCAUGUUUUUAGCCACUUGGCCCACCAAGAAGGUUUAACAUGUCACUUAGGUGAUUUGUAUUUGUACUGUAGAUGUCUUAUUUGAUUAAGUGCAGUGUUUCUAGGACUUUGACAGAAUUGUGUGACCACGGCGAAGAAGAGGCUAUGCAGCAACUGAAACAAAUACAUAAGUGUUUUAGUCGCCCGUUAUCAACAGUAUAUGUUGAAAAGCAAGACACUCGAGUGAUGGCUCCACCUUCUAGUUUGCCGAUUGUAGGUCGAUGCCCCGUCAUCAACUUCAAACCAAGCGGCGACCACAUGUGCAAGACAUGCGCAAAGUCAAAAGGCCGACAUCACCCUCAUCUUAAUGAUUCAAAUCACUCUCUGAACAGUGGUAGCAUAUAUCAAUCCUUCGAUGAAGGAGACAAUCAGUUUGCAUUUGACACACGAUACCUGCGAUCAGAAUCACCUUGGUCUGUUUAUCUUGAUGCAGUUGGUGGUUCAAGCAGUGUGGCUGAUGCUCAAAGUGAUACAGCAAGUGUAGCAGGUGAAGAGUAUCAUACAGUGAAACAUGAUACGUCCGACAGUGGGGAAUCAAUUUUUUCAAGAGCAGAUAAAACAGAACAGAACGAGACGGUGAUACCAGAAAGUGAUGGAAAUGAAACAGACACCAAUACAGAUUUCCAUUCCCAUCAAGGUUCGUCUGUUCUGUCAAGAAUUAGUAAGAGUCCUGCCAAUUUAGCACUAACAGGAAAGCAUGGGUUGCCAUUGCAAUGCUACGCUGAUCACAUUGACUACAGUCCAGAGAAAAAGCCAGCUCUGCUAUGUGUGAGUUUCGAUCUGGUGCUCGUAUCUGCGCUCCAGGCAGCUACAUGGCUUUGGGCUUCUGUCUGCCUAAAUCACCAUCACUCUACAUUUACCACAAUACUUGUCCGGAAGACUUCACCCUGUACAGAGGUGUCUGCUACCGUUGGCCUUCACCUCAAUGUCAAACUCAAGACGUCGUGACAGCUGACUGUAUAUGCCAAGGACUCAAUGGCCGGUUGAGUACAGUUCCUGAGGUGGACCGUUUGGAGGGCACAGGAUGCAAUUUCGACUUUGCAGGCAGCUGGGCUUUACUGGGUCUUACAACUAACUCGUAUAUAAACCAAGUUUUCGGGUAUUGUUUCAGAGAUGACUACAGCUACACCGAGACACACGGAGUGGCUCGACCGUCCAUCGAUAACGGGGUAACUAUCGCUUGGUGUAAUGCAGUGUCGGCUCUCUCAGCGGACGCUCAGAGUAACAUCAAAGCAGGAGUGAUAGGCUGUAGGACGUGAUCGCGUCCUCGGUAGAACAAACGAACUGUCACGUUUUUACGUUGACUCGCAAUAGUGUUCUCUAGAGACAAUAAAGUCUGCAACUAACACGUCAACAAUUGUCAUGUGUAUAAAUUGAUUGUUUUCACUGAGUAUUACGUACAAGAGUCUCUAGACAUUAAAAUCUAGAGGGGAGCACUGCACGUACUAGAAUGUAACAAGAUUCUACAUCCCAAAACAAAGUUUUGAUGUUAAUUUUUCUCAGUAAAGUAUACUUCACACGAUAAGGCUGAGACGGUGCUAGACUCGUCGCGGUCAUGUAAUGUGCGUACGUUAAGUUCUGUUCGAGGCCCU